GGAUAAUCAAUAAAAUAUAAUCAGAUCAUCAUCUUAAUCCAGCGGCUCCAUUUUCUGCUCCUGUUAAUUGUGACAUUGAAAAAGCUGCUUCUCCUUUAAAUCGUCCCGUCCAUCUUCAUCAAUCGAAGUACGCAUUUCCUUUAGGCUCUAUCCCUUGCUAGUCGCUCUCACUCUCUCUUCUAUCUUUCCUCUUUAUUCUUUUCCUGGAAGAAAUGUCAGUUAUAGGGCAGAGAGGAAUCCAUUACCUGCAGAAACUAAAAGCAGCAAAUAUCCCGACUGAGUUGAUAGAGAAGGGCCAAAAUCGCGUUAUCGAUGCUUCUCUUACUCUUAUUCGCGAGAGAGCAAAGCUUAAGGGAGAGCUUGUGCGUGCUCUAGGAGGCGCGGUAGCGUCGUCAUCGCUUCUUGGUGUUCCUUUAGGCCACAACUCAUCAUUUCUUCAGGGUCCAGCAUUCGCUCCUCCUCGAAUUAGGGAGGCUAUAUGGUGUGGUAGCACUAACUCAUCAACUGAGGAAGGGAAAGAAUUAAAUGACCCACGGGUGCUAACUGAUGUCGGUGAUGUUCCUGUUCAAGAAAUUCGAGAUUGUGAUGUAGAAGAUGACAGAUUGAUGAAUGUUAUAAGUGACUCUGUCAAGCUAGUGAUGGAGGAGGAUCCACUACGCCCAUUAGUUUUAGGUGGUGAUCAUUCAAUAUCUUUUCCUGUGGUAAGAGCCGUAUCUGAGAAGCUUGGGGGACCUGUGGAUAUUCUUCAUCUGGAUGCUCAUCCAGAUAUUUAUCAUGCUUUUGAAGGAAACAAAUAUUCUCAUGCAUCUUCAUUUGCCCGAAUAAUGGAAGGUGGUUAUGCACGGCGACUCUUGCAAGUGGGUAUCAGAUCAAUAACGAAGGAAGGACGUGAGCAAGGCAAAAGGUUUGGAGUUGAGCAAUAUGAAAUGCGAACCUUCUCAAGAGAUCGCCAGCUGUUGGAAAAUCUGAAAUUAGGGGAAGGUGCAAAGGGAGUGUAUAUCUCAAUAGAUGUGGACUGCCUUGACCCUGCAUUUGCUCCUGGUGUAUCUCACAUUGAGCCUGGUGGUCUCUCUUUCCGUGAUGUACUAAACAUCCUCCACAACCUUCAAGCUGAUGUUGUUGCAGCAGAUGUGGUAGAAUUCAAUCCGCAACGUGACACUGUUGAUGGGAUGACUGCUAUGGUUGCUGCCAAGCUGGUAAGAGAACUGACUGCAAAGAUAUCGAAAUGAUAAAUCUUACACCUUCCUGCCUAGACUUUUCACAUUUGUGGUUCCGUGGUGCAUCCAAUUAGUUUGACCAAUGGUUCCUGCCUUCCACACAGGCAUCUUUUUCCAUAUCCCCUUAAGAGGGCUUCUCUCGAGGAAUUAUUAAAUAUUUAUAUUCAAAUUAGCUAUCUGUAGAAUUUUUUGUUUCAACACUUCUCUCUCUGCUUUUGGACAAAAAAAAAAAAAAAAAAAAAAAAAAAAAAA